CACCAACAGCCUCCCUUCUUGACGUCGUUUAGCUUCGUCCUUUCAUCCCUUCAACCCCUAUCGUUUGCCCUGUCUUCAGGAUCUAUGUACCGCAGGCCCAUGUCUUUUAGCUCAGAGCGCAGGGUGACAAACUACUUGGAUACUCCUUGUUCCAGUUCUCUUGGGACCCUUUUUAAGCCUGCCACCAUGUGCGCCCUUCAAGGUGACAGUGUCCCACACGACGGGAUGACAUCCGAAGAGGAGCUGCCUCCUGGGUUACUCCUCGUACCUUGUGACGUCUUAUCCAAUGCCUAGGAUAUCCGCGAAGGGAGUACCUGGAUUGCCCUGGCAAUCUCACAGUAGAUGCCAUAGCUUGAAGACAAGGAUAUAAAGAUGUAGAGUUCUCCUGUUGGACUGGGUCUCAAUUGAUUCAUCAACAACCCAAUCCAUUCUGGCUAUUCUCUAAUCCCAUAUACUGGCCCUCCUUUACUUCUAACCAAUCCCAUACACUUUGGAACUUCCCCAACAAAUAGCACUGACUGCUACGACAAGGUCCUCACGUUUGAGCCAUGCGGCACUUCACCUCUUUGGGCGCCAUUUCGGCUCUCGCCAGCGUAACUGCUGCGAAGUCUCCUUCAGCUCAGCAAUGGGCAGAAAGAUCGAUUUAUCAAGUCAUGACAGAUCGCUUUGCCAGACCAGCAGGCUCGUCAGACGAGCCAUGUGAUCCGUACAAGUACUGCGGAGGAUCUUGGACCGGAAUCAUUGAUAGGCUGGACUACAUCCAAGAUCUGGGGUUUACGGCAGUCCAGAUCUCACCUGUCGUGGAGAACAUCCCAGAGCACACCACGUACGGUGAAGCGUACCAUGGGUACUGGCCGCAGGACUUGUAUGCGCUCAAUGAGCACUUUGGAACCGCAGACGACCUCAGAAAGCUGUCUGCGGAGCUCCACAAGCGAGGAAUGUACUUCAUGGUCGACGUCGUGAUCAAUGAUAUGGCACAGGCUGUCAACGGGUCUACUACUUCAAAUGGAGAGCCAGAUAUCGACUGGUCACGCCUCAUCCCGUUCAACGACGAGAAGUAUUACCACCCCUUCUGUAGCAUCACGAACUGGGACAAUCCGGAUAUGGCGAAGAAUUGCUGGUUCAGCGCAGACACCGUUGCCCUUCCUGAUCUCGACACGGAGGAUGCAACAGUCGUCUCCAUGAUCCAAGAGUGGGUCAAGGGUCUGGUUGGCAAUUACUCGAUUGAUGGCCUACGCAUCGACGCGACCAAGCACAUGAACGAUGCCUACCUGACUAGCUUCAGUGAAGCCGCUGGGGUCUUCACGAUCGGAGAGGUCUACACCGAAAACACAGACGCCGUUUGCAGGUAUCAGGAGUUUGUCUCUGGGCUCUUGAACUAUCCCAUGUACUCUCCGAUGAUUCAGGCUUUCACUGCAGGGAACAUGCCAGGACUUGCUGAAUCGGUUCGGGCUGUGCGCAGCCAAUGCAAAGACUUUACACGUCUGGCAAGCUUUACUGAGAACCACGACACCCCUCGCUUUGCAUCGCUGAUCAAUGAUACAACUCUCGCCAAAAACGCCAUGGCCUUCAACAUCCUCUCCGACGGCAUCCCCAUCGUCUACCAAGGCCAAGAACAACACCUCCGAGGCCCAUCAUCCCCGUACAAUCGCUCCCCCCUCUGGCCAACUAACUACACCACGACUUCCCCUCUCUACAACACAACCGCAACGCUCAACCGCCUCCGCAAUCACGCUAUCCGCCUCGACUCCACCUACAUUACAACGCACAGCGAGGAGCUAUACCUCGACGGAUCCACGUACGCAACCCGCAAGGGCGCCGAGGGCAAACAGAUCGUCUCCGUCUUCUCGAACCAGGGCACCGGCGGCGGUCCGUAUAACCUUACGAUCCCGGGGGCGUUCAAGCCGGGGACGGAGGUCGUGGAGGUUCUGAGCUGCAAGAAGGUGACGGCGGAUAAGGAGGGGAGGAUUACGGUUGAGAUGGAUGAGGGGGAGCCGAUGGUUUUCUUUCCGGCGAAGAGGAUGGCGGGGUCUGGAAUUUGUGGAUCUAAUGAGAGGAAGGGGCCUGCGGCUUUGUGUGCAAGUGCCGGUGGGAAGGGGAAGAAUGAGACGGCGGUAGGGAAGAAUCACACAGAGAAGGAGACGGCGUUUGAGCACUCGUCCUCGGGCAGUGGGGUUUCGAUGUCGUUGAGUAUGGUUCUUCUGGGUGUUCUUGCUGGGGUCGCUUGUUGGGUUCUUUGAUGAUGGCUUGUCUAGUCUUGCUCUUACUUUCUCCAUAUUUGUUUAGUACCUCUCGCUGGGAGCUGGGCUUUCGGAGUGAGUCUUAUAUUUAAUAAUAGUCAGUAUCAGUAUAAACAUGUUCUAUCACUCUUAUACUCAUAAGAAUGUAUCCUGAAAAGUUCUCAACAACGUGAAAUAAGCUGUAGAAGAAUGGGGCCGUCUCUUCAUAACGCCAUCAGGGAUUGUACCGCGUUCUGUCCUCUAUUUAGCGUCUAUUCAUGAAUCUUGGGGUUUAUCAUUUCUUGAAAAGGUGAGGGAAGCACGUCCGCAGCUCUUCCAAAUCCUGUAUUUGGAAUUGUGAGGCUGGAACAGCAGGUGCUGGGAGACCUGGCUCGACAAGGUGCGCAACCUGCCAUCCGCGCGCCGCAGCAUGCUUGCAAUUUAAGCCAGAGUCAUCUACAAUUCACUAGUCAGCGAAGAAUCUCCUUACGAAUGAGACGGGAGACAAAACUGACCAACAAAGUAGCACUGCUCCGGGCUCAGCGCAUUAGCUUCCUUCUCCGCUUUGUCAUACAUGACUUGCGACGGCUUGCAGACGAGCGGCGGGUUCGAGUAGUCGCAAUACGUGAUUCCCUCGAAGAGAUCGUCAAUCUGCAGCAAUUUCACUACCCGUUUGCCGUGGGUUACGUAUGCGUUUGUCAACAGCCAUAGUCGCACUUUGCUCCGGUCGAUAUCCUCGAGUAACUUGCGCAGCUUGAGGUCGGGCUUCAGGAUCUUGUCGAGGGGCAGGGCGUCGUCGACUUGGCGAUUGAACUCGAGGGGGUCGAUCUUGUGGUGGCGCGUCAGUCCUUCGAUGGCGAGACCGUAUUCCUUGUAAUAUUUCAUGUGGAGCAUGUGGGCGUCGUCGCUGUUGAGGGAGAGGUGGUGGACGAAGAAUUCGUCUGGAGGUGCGACAUGUGUUAGAUGGUGUUGGGUGUGCGAACAAAGGAGGUAUAACGUACG